AUGGACACAUUACGACCGUUGCCCAUGUUUUUGGGUAUUAGUGGCAACAAUUUUUGCAUGUCAGCCGGGGCUUUUACACCUCCCAUUAAGAAAAUGGACAAGACCACUCCCGAAAAGAUCACCUCCCGCAUCAAACUGAACAUUUCCUUCUUUCUCACCAAUUACGCUCUGGUGGCAUUUGGUGUCGCUUUGGUGGUGGCACUGAUGCAUCCGGGAAUGUUGGUCAGUCUGGGGUUGGUAUGGCUCUUAUGGUGGGGACACAAUUAUCUCAUUCACAAUGAAGUUGUUCUCUUCCAUCGCAACAUUUCCAUGUUGGUCAGCAUCUCCCACAGAUUCUAUGUGCUCUUUGUCAUUUCUGUCGUGGUGGUGGUUUGGAAAUGCUUUCGUCCGGCACUGCUGUUUUCCUUCAUCACGGGGCUCAUCAUCAUGGCACAUGCUACCAUGAGAGAUCCAAAGCAUAUCGACAAAUAUGGGAGUACAGGUGCGAUACGACAUGGGGGGUCCUCCGAUAGUGAUGAAGAAUACGAUAACAAUGGCAAUGUCGUCAUGGUGGAUCAUCCAAAAUCAGAUGUUUGA